AACAAUUUAUUUAACUACCACAUCAUUUACAAAACCCAAACCUUUAACAGCAAGGAAAUGAAUAGUUAAAACAUCAUAACAUCUUACAGCCAUGUAAUAAACGUAAGCAUGUUAUUCUUUCUUAGUCUAAAGAAAUAUAUAUUUCAUUACAACACAACAACCUUAACCUUGAUCCACGGAUUCCAUUAUUUUACAUGCAGCAUUUUUUUUAAAAGCCCAACAACCUUGAUUUCAGUAUCAAAACAGCUUCUUUUAAGGGAUCGUGUUAAGUGGGAGAUAUUAUCAAUUCAUAUAUCUAUUUUUGGUAAAGAUCCUGUACCUGCUGUUUUUUGAGAAUAGCAGAACAAAGAGAAUUUGGCCCAUAGGAUGAAUAUAUAACUGAAACUUUGCAGAUUAUGGGCUCAGUUCUGCUCCUUCUGGACUCAAGGGGAGCAGGAGCAAACCCUGUAUGUUCUCUCUGCUGGAGGUUUCGGCUCUGGAAGUGAAAUAUUCUGAUGCUUGUUCUCCUGCUCAGGCACUUGGGAGGUUGGUCCUAUAUGUUGUAACAAGGGGUGAGGUCCCUUUUGAUGGACCUGAUGGAGAGAAUGUGUCUGCAAGAUGUCCAACAGAUUUGCAGGGUCACUUGGAGAUUGAAGAUCUCAUAAGAAGUUUGGUCUCCCCCCAUGGAGGAAACUCAGUUCAGUUAGGAGACUUGAUCCACCACCCCUUUUUCUGGACCUGUGAGAGCAGGUUUGAGUUUCUUGUGGAUGUUGGGAAUAAUCCAGACAUCGAAAAAUACAAUGCUGGGAGCCAGAUUGUGAAAGCUUUGAAUUGCAAUAAGGCAACAACUGAGAAGCACUUCCACCAGUGGACUAGGAAGGUUCAAGGAAAUAAUCCAGAACCCAUCACAGUAUUUUGUUGACCGGUUUCCAGAUCUGACAUUUUAUGUCUAUGAGCAUUUG